AUGGCACAACCAAGGUACACUAGGAUAGAUAACAACAGGAGGCCCUCAUCAAAUUAUUGCUCAACAGUGACAGUAGUUGUGUUUGUGGCCCUAUGUUUAGUUGGGAUCUGGAUGAUGACAUCAUCCUCUUCCUCUGUUGGACCCGCUGAGAAUGUUGAUGUGGUUUCUCUGGAAAACAAAGAUGGGAUCAAGAAACAGUCAACCCCACCUGCGGAGGAGGGGAAUGACCAGAAGGUUGAAGACGCAUCUGGUGAUACACCAAGCGAAGAGAAAAAAGGAGAUGGUGAUGCAAGCUUGCCUCAAGGCGAUGAGAGCUCAAGCAAACAAGAGGACCCGGAAGAGACGACAGAAGGGAAACCCAAAGAAGAGUCUACUUCAUCUGGUGAGACAAAAACUGAGACUGAAAGUGGGGAAAAUAAAAACGAUGAAUCCAAGUCAGAAAAUGGUGGUGGAAGUGAUUCAGAUGAGAAAAAAGAUUUGAAAGACAACCCAGAUGAAGAAAAUCCUGAUACGAAUGAAAAGCAAACGAAACCGGAGACGGAGGACAAUGAGUCUGGUGAGGAUGGUGAAAACCAAAAGAAGUUUGAGUCUGAUGACAGUGAGAAAAAACCCAGUGACGAUGAUACAGAAGGAAAAGGCGUCAAAGAUGAUAAAGAAACCACGACAGGCAACGAAGAUACUGAAACAAAGCCUGAUGAGAAGGAAAACACCGAGACAAACGUGGAUGUUCAAGCAGAGAAAGAGAGUCAACCUAAAAACGAGACCUCAGGUGAUCUUUCGCCUCCUGGAGCACAGUUAGAGCUACAGAAUGAAACGAUUGCACAAAAUGGUUCAUUUUCAACCCAGGCAACAGAGUCUAAAAAAGAAAAAGAAGCUCAGAAGGGUUCUGGUGAUCAAAUUGAUUACAAAUGGACACUCUGCAAUACAACUGCCGGACCGGAUUACAUUCCCUGUCUCGAUAAUGUGCAAGCCAUUAAGAGUCUUAAGAGCACUAAACAUUAUGAGCAUCGUGAGAGGCAUUGCCCAGACACCCCACCCACCUGCCUUGUUCCUCUACCUGAAGGAUACAAGCGGCCAAUUGAGUGGCCCAAAAGUCGAGAAAAGAUCUGGUAUACCAACGUCCCUCAUACCAAGCUUGCUGAGUAUAAGGGGCAUCAAAACUGGGUUAAAGUAACUGGUGAGUAUCUAACUUUUCCCGGUGGAGGAACCCAAUUCAAGCAUGGUGCUCUUCAUUACAUCGAUUUCAUACAGGAGUCUGUCUCUGAUAUCGCAUGGGGUAAACGUUCUCGCGUGGUCUUGGAUGUUGGAUGUGGUGUUGCAAGCUUUGGAGGUUUCCUCUUUGACAGAAACGUGAUCACCAUGUCCCUCGCACCUAAAGAUGAACAUGAAGCUCAAGUGCAGUUUGCUCUUGAGAGAGGCAUUCCCGCCAUUUCUGCAGUGAUGGGUACUACAAGGCUACCUUUCCCUGGCAGAGUUUUUGACAUUGUUCACUGUGCUCGCUGUAGAGUGCCAUGGCACAUUGAAGGUGGUAAACUCCUUCUCGAACUUAACCGUGUAUUGAGACCCGGUGGCUUCUUUGUGUGGUCUGCUACUCCCGUUUAUCAGAAGAAGACCGAAGAUGUUGAAAUUUGGAAAGCUAUGAGUGAACUCACCAAGAAAAUGUGUUGGGAACUCAUAUCCAUUAACAAGGACACUAUCAACGGAGUCGGUGUAGCUACUUACAAAAAGCCAGCUUCAAAUGAAUGCUACACAAACAGAUCAAAACAAGAACCUCCAGUUUGUCCCGACUCUGAUGACCCAAAUGCAUCUUGGAAAGUGCCACUUCAAGCAUGCAUGCACACCGCUCCAGAAGACAAAACGCAACGUGGAUCUCAAUGGCCCGAGCAAUGGCCAGCGAGAUUAGAGAAACCACCGUACUGGUUAUCAAGUUCACAGACCGGAGUUUAUGGGAAAGCAGCACCAGAGGAUUUCAGCGCUGAUUACGAACAUUGGAAACGCGUGGUGACCAAAUCAUACCUUAAUGGUUUAGGAAUAAACUGGGCCACCGUUAGAAAUGUCAUGGACAUGAGAGCCGUUUAUGGAGGAUUUGCGGCGGCUCUAAGAGAAUUGAAAGUGUGGGUGAUGAAUGUGGUUCCAAUAGAUUCGCCAGACACACUGGCCAUAAUCUAUGAACGAGGACUCUUCGGUAUAUACCACGAUUGGUGUGAAUCUUUCAGCACUUACCCGAGAUCAUACGAUCUUCUCCAUGCCGACCAUCUCUUCUCAAAACUCAAACAAAGGUGCAAUCUAACGGCGGUGAUUGCGGAAGUGGAUCGGGUAUUGAGACCAGAAGGGAAACUGAUAGUGCGGGACGAUGCGGAAACCAUACGACAAGUGGAGGGAAUGGUGAAGGCGAUGAAAUGGGAAGUUCGUUUGACUUAUUCCAAGGAUAAAGAAGGUUUGCUAUCUGUUCAAAAGUCAAUUUGGCGACCCGAAGAAGUAGAAACUCUCACUUACGCUAUCGCUUGA